GAUGCGUGAAAUGCUGGCCUACCUACGAGGAGUUCCCUCGCGAACGGCUCGGGCAUGGUCCGUCUCAUACCAUCGUAGUAUUUCUUCUUCUCGCGUCGUUCGGGCUCAAGCGGAAGAAGAUGAGGUCGAAGAGGAGUACGCUGAGGACUUCGAAGACGAUGAGGGUCUCGACGAGGAUGAAACCGACGCGGAUGGGAAUCCAAUAGCAAACAGGGAAGCAGAUUCGGACAAGCCAUACGAGGACUGGCUGCAAGAAGACGCAGUCCGGUACAAGGACCCUGUCCAACCAAGGAACUGGCUUGGUGGUCGUCCACAUCCGUUUCCUUUGAACCCGUCGUUUCAGCCCCCGGCACCUCUGUCUGACAAGCUCCGGAGUCGCUUUUACGAAGAGUACAUGGAGGACCCGAAUGCCAACAGCGUCCGGGAGUUGUCGUCACGUUAUGGUUUGAGCAUCAAACGUGUGGACGCCAUCCUCCGGCUGAAAGGCUUGGAGGCUCACUGGGAGAAGGAGGGCAAAACACUUCAAACUGGUUUCCUAACUGGGAUGGAGAAGGUGCUUGGCGUACCCCAACUGCCUGCGAAUGUCGAGGCGGCGAUUCAAGCUCGGCAUGAUGUCUCCGAAGCCGACGCGCUUGACGAAAUCGAGGGCGAGGGAGUGGACCGAGAGAAAUACCAAAGGAUGUUCUGGGAAGACGUAGCGGAGGGCGAAGAAGCUAUCCUGCCCGCUGCUCUGGAACAGGCCAAGACCGAUGCGGCGAAUGCUCGUAAAGCAGCUAUCGACGCGAAGUCGGACCCUGUUCUUCUCGGCAUACCGAAACACCUGUGGCGCCGGAGGCUAAAGCACACAGAGCCGGAGGAACUCCAACCUGAGCGUAAGGCCCGCAUGUUGCGUGAUCGCUACGAAGCUCUUUUCUACGAGCCAAGUGUUCACCGAGAUGAUCUGGUUCGCCUGGAGCGAGAGAGGGCGGGUGAAGAUCCCUGGUCGUUUACCAGUCAGCGCAAUGCGUUCGUGGUGCGCAGCGGUGCAUCCCCUGCUCGGCCGCAUAUCAAAUUCGAGGACGUGGGUGGCAAAUUCUUGGAUGUCAAGGAUCGCGUACGCAGGAUGAAGGAGAGUGAGCGGAGAGCUAAGAUUAAGGGACGCAAGAGGGCAGUUGUGCAAGAAACUAUCAAGGCUGCUCGUGUUGCCGCUUAGCAUGCAUUUUAUUUCCUAUGUUGCUGUCAUGGAUUGUAGCAUAUAUCUGCGUUGUAGGAUACCGUCCUACUCGAUUAAUCACCCCAUAUUUCAUCUGCCCCUUCAGGCUCGUUCUCGUAUUCGUGUCGUUCUACAGUCAUCGUUGCCCACUAAGAUUAUGUACAAGUAUCAGUAUACAAAGCGGAAAUCCAUCCUGUCGUUUCCUUCGUCUUUUGUGGUCUCUAGGUAGGUUUGUCGUUCCUUCUCAGACCAGGAGUUCCAAACCCUUUCUCUACGCUUGUUGAGAUAGCGAUAGAAAAAGAACGUCCCGAUGUAGAGUGUUAUAU